AGAACCCAAAUAGCAUCCCAAUGUCUUUAAACUGGUCGCUGGAAUUUUCUCACCCAGAAAAUCUUUGAAUUCAAGAUACAUUGAACCCUGAGCAGCUGGCAGUGCAGUGACUUCCCCUAAGUCCACAGCUGCCAGUAUAGCGAACCCUCUUGGAAAACUGCUUCUGUGCACCAUGAAGAAUUUCUCUGAGCUUGGAGUUCCUUCCCUUCACAGUUUUCUCAAUUCAGCCAAUGCAUCAACUCUUCCUGAAAGACAAGCAAGAGAUGAACAGUUAGCAAAGGUAGAGAUUGCUGUGCUUGGAAUAAUAUUUGUAGCAGCAUCUGUGAGCAACUUUAUCCUUAUUCUGGUAUUAUGGAGGAGAAGAAUGAAUCUGUCUAGGAUAUAUGUGUUCCUACUUCAUCUGAGCAUUGCAGACCUGAUGGUUGCCUUUUUUCAAGUCCUUCCUCAGCUUUUCUGGAAAAUUACAGAUGUUUUCAUGGGUCCAGACAUCCUGUGCAGAACUGUCAGUUAUUUCCAACUAUUGAGCAUGUUUGCCUCCACUUACAUGACAGUAGUUAUGGCAAUGGACAGAUUCCAAGUGGUGUGCUACCCCACAGCCUCUUUCAAGAAGAAAGCCACUCUUUGGAAUGCUUCAGUCUGCACCAGUUGGUUUAUCUCUUUUGCCUUCAGCGUCCCCCAAAUAUUUAUCUUUCAGAAAAGUGAGACAUCUCCAGGCAUAUUUGACUGCCAAGCUCACUUCAUUGAACCCUGGGGCACAAAAGUGUAUGUAACUUGGAUUUCUAUAGCUAUCUUUUUUCUUCCUGCAGCUAUCCUGAUCACCUGCCAUGUGAGGAUCUGCAGAGUGAUCCACAGAAAUGUGUAUAUGAAAGGUUACCCUGAUUGGGAAGUAACAAAUCAGAAGCAAAUACUAUCAUCUCAGGCAAGUAAUACAAACUGGAUAUCAAAGACUGUGAUAAAGACUAUUAAGAUGACUGUAGUGAUAGUUGUUGCUUAUGUAUUCUGCUGGUCACCUUUCUUCAUUGCCCAGUUGUGGACUGCAUGGCACCCCGGUGAUGCUAGGACUGAAGGUCCAGCAAUAGCCAUUCUUAUGCUCCUAGGGAAUCUUAAUAGCUGUGUUAAUCCAUGGAUUUAUAUGUACUUUUGUGGUCAAAUCCCAAAUUGCUCGAAAAAGACCCUUCAUACCCGGGCACCUCAGGAACAAUCUACAUUUACUUGCAGCAUCUACCUGGGAGAAAAAGAAUCUGAAGACAACACCACACCUGUGUAAUUAGGAUUUUUUAAAAAACGUUAUUGUAGUCACAUUUCUAAAGUGAGUGACGGCAACAAGUUAUUUAUAGUGUAUGCAUAUUUUUACUCUUUUUAGAAGGAAAGUCAGGAUCAAAACUAUUUUACUCUUUUUAACAAGAAGAAUUCAUGAAAAUACUUGUGUCCAUCUCUCAGGCUCACACAUAAUUAGGUCCAGUGAAAUAUUGUUUUACACUUUUGUCCUGGAAGAAGGCAGUGACAAAUCACUUCUGUAUUGUUGUCAUAAACACUAGAUAGAUGUGUUCAUGUAGUCAUCUGGAAUCAAGCUUGACUCAAGAAAGUUCUUACUUUUUUUAUAUUUCUACAAACAGGAACUCUUAGGGACUUUUCCAGAACUUUUUUUUAAUGAGAAAGUACUGCAAAUAUACAUAUUUGGAUUUGUUCAAGCACAGAGUAGCAAGGAGGCAGUGUCCACCUCGAAAAUUAGCAGCAUGAUUGGUGUCCCUUUCCAAAUGGCUUCUUGAUGGACAGCUUGUUUUUUAGCUUAUGUGAACAGUCAUUUUAAAAUUCCAAUAGUAGUGUGCAAAAUUGGUAAUAUUUGUACAAUAUGAGUUAAUGUAUAUAGUCAUAUUUUCUCCAGUCUAGAAGAUUCCCCCCCCCCCAUUAUCUGUGUUUAAAGGAACUGAGUUUGCCUCCUCUAGUUUAAAGGAGCUGAGUUCAGGUUUGGAUUGUGGAG